UGAUUAAAGAUGCUUGAACUUAUUUGGAGCAUCAACUCUUUGCCAGCCUGGAUAAUUGGGAUAUAUACCUUUGUGCAUUCAGUUUGAAUGGUGGCCAAGUGCCUUAUUAGGAACUAUUUAAGACAGCCUUUGGAUCUAGCGAAGAGAUAUGGGAAAGGACCUUGGGCUGUUGUUACAGGCACAACUGGUAGCAUUGGAGAAGAGUAUUGUAAGCAGUUGGCUAGGCAGGGAUUUAACCUUGUUUUAUUUGGCAGAAACAAAUACAAACUUGAUGCAAAAUUGAAGAAAGACAAUUCUUAGCUUCAAACACAGAUAGGGGUUGCUGAUUUUGCUGAAGAUAACUCUGCUGGAUUUUAUGAACAUUUGUAUAGAAAGAUUCAAAAGUUAGACAUUUCGAUAUUGGUCAAUAAUGCUGGUGCAGUAAUCC